CCCCAGAGGGAUGACGGGAAAAAAGAAAAUGGCGGUCGGUAGACAUUUUGGCGUCUGCUAGCACGGACUUCUCCUAAAGAUCUCCGUCAAGAAACGAUCUGGCUUGACCGAUUUGGCCGUUUACACUGUCAACAGCUGGGCUACAAACUCAUGCACCCUUCAGAUACCUCAGGCUUCAUACUGGCAGGAGAUGGAAGCAGAAUCGGACGACAAUUUGGCAUCACAGGUGGAGGAGAUAGAGGCUCUGUCAGCCAUCUAUGGAGAUGAGUGGUGUGUUGUGGAUGAGAUGUCCCGGGUGUACUGUAUACAGGUCACAGAUGGGGAGGAGAAACACCAGUGGGCACUAUGUCUACAGGUUAUUUUACCCACUGAUUACCCACGUUUGUCACCUCCUAUCUAUGAGCUGAACGCACCGUGGUUGAAAGGACAAGAACGAAUUGAACUGUCUAGAAGUCUGGAUGAAGUUUACUUACAGAACAUUGGGGAGCCCGUUCUUUUCCUCUGGGUGGAGAGGGUCAGAGAAUUUCUGAUGGAGAAAGGAGAAAGGGACCUGACAGGUCCAUCAAGCAGUGCCAAAGAAAGCUGUGAGCAAGACGAUGUUGAAGGAACAGUCACAGUUGUGAUGUCUCCUGCUUCCUCAGAUACGGGUAGUGAUCUUUCACCUGUUCAAGAUGAAGAACUCCCACCCAUCCACCACGGGGAGCCAAUCACAGACAAGAGGAGCACCUUCCAGGCACACCUGGCACCUGUAGUGUCUGUCAGGCAGGUAAAACAGGUACAGGGGAAACUGAUGGAGAACAAGAAGAUUGCCAAUGCCACAAACAACAUUCUGGCCUACAGAAUCUAUUGUGAAGACAGGAAUUCUUUUCUCCAAGAUUGUGAUGAUGACGGAGAGACUGCAGCAGGGGGCCGUAUGCUGCACAUAAUGGAGCUCCUGGAUGUGAGGAAUGUGCUGGUGAUUGUGUCCAGGUGGUACGGAGGAAUCCUCCUCGGACCAGACAGGUUCAAACACAUCAACAACUGCACCCGCAACAUCCUGGACACCUGCGGCUACCUGGAAGCAAAGGAUGACAGUGCCUCAAAGGGAAAAAAGACAAAGUCAAAGAAGAGUAAAUGACAGGAUUUAAACAACUUGAGUGCCAUUAUAAAGAAUAAUUUUCUGAAACAUCUGAAAUUGCAUCUUGUUGCAGGGAUAAAGGAAGUUCCUAAAAUCUUGGGGACAGAAUUGAUGAAAAAAAGUCAUACAGCUUUUAUGCGAAGAAAGGAAUAUUGUAAAUGUGGAAUAAUUUUCAUACUUGUCUUACAUGUUUCAUGAGGUGGAUGAUACCAACAGUGCCUGUAUACCUUUAUUAUUAGAUAGAAUGAACCAGUCAUAUGGCAAUUUCACUUUAUGUCUUAUUCUGUCUUGUUCCUAGAGACAGAAAAGGUAUCGUAAAUGGACGAGUGCAAUUUCAUAUGAAGCAUUAUUAACAAUAUGUAUGAUGCUAAUAAUAUUUAUAGUAUCAGAAGACAAUACAUCAAUGUAAUUUUUUACAGUAAAUUUCUAGGAAAUGAAAUAAAAUACUGCCAAAUGAUAAAUAAUAAUAUCACCUUACUUUGCAUUAUUAUGGCAAGAACAGGUUGUGUACACACAGUAAGGCUGAUAUACAGAGCAACAAACACCAUCAUUUCAAACAGUGUGCUAACCAUUCAUAACAUUUACAAGAGAACAAGUUUCACAGCAUCAUAUCAUCUAAUAUCCUUCAUACAUCUAUCAUACAUGUAGCUCAGUAGAAGUUAAAACUUAAUUACAUGUAAGUCUAUGAAUAAAUACAAUAUCCAUACAUUUAACACACAGAUCAAAGUUCACCAUUAGAUAACACCAAAGUCAAUGUUGUAAAGCAUAUGAUGACCAAGAUCCAGUAAGAUUUAAGUACAUAAUGUUACAUGUAUCAGGUGAAUGCAACACCUAACACUGCAAUGUAGAAAGGUAACAUUUGCAAAGCAAAUGCAUAAUGUUUCC